UCCCGCACCCGAACAAUGUCAUGAGGUGACUUUCACUUAACUACAAAUAUUUAGAUAUUUUUGUGGGCUGUUCUCUUCUUCCCCUUUGAGCAUUAGCCAAUAGCCACAUGCUGCCUCCUUUCACAGCAAAGAGCUGCCUUGAGGGAGGAUCGUUACAGAGGGUUUCCUAAACGACCAAAGAAAAUGCAAAUAGUCUGUGUGCUCUUAGCAUACGCUCUGGUUUAAGCAGCUUGGUACCGAAGCCAGCCCCAGACAGAGCUGGGAAGAAAAUACUGAACUUAAGACUUCCCCAAAAUCUUUCACUGACUUCUAAGGGUGAAAACAGUGAGAAGAUCCAGUGUGUCAAGUUGGAGACUUAAAAAACUGUAGGUUUCAAGGUGACACCUCUCAGGCAGAGCCUAUGGAUACCACAGGAAAUAUGACCACAUUGUCUGGCAGCAACUUGACAUGCCCUUUGACCAUUGACGACUUCCGAAAUAAAGUGUACUCCACGUUGUACUCCAUGAUUGCGAUUCUGGGCUUUGUUGGAAAUGGCUUUGUACUGUGUGUCCUCAUAAAAACGUAUCGGCAGAAGACAGCCUUCCAGAUCUACAUGCUGAAUCUUGCAGUGUCAGAUCUCCUUUGUGUAUGCACCCUGCCUCUUCGAGUAGUGUAUUAUGUUCACAGAGGCAACUGGUUCUUUGGUGACUUCUUAUGCAGAGUUAGUUCCUAUGCAUUCUACGUCAACCUGUACUGUAGCAUUUUAUUCAUGACAGCCAUGAGCUUCUCUCGCUGCAUAGCCAUCGUUUUCCCAGUCCAGAAUCUCAAUUUGGUAACUGAGAAAAAGUCCAGACUGGCAUGUCUGAGCAUUUGGAUUUUUGUCACACUGACAAGUUCUCCAUUUUUACUGAGUGGAUCUUACCAAGAAGGUAACAAGACAAAGUGCUUUGAACCUCCAAAAAGCAGUCAGAUGACCAGUCUGCUGGUCCUACAUUAUAUUGCGCUGUUUGUAGGCUUCAUUAUCCCCUUUGGUGUCAUAACUAUCUGUUAUGCCAUGAUCAUAAAGACCUUACUGAAGAAUUCACUGAAGAAGAAUCAGUCUACUCGUAAAAAGGCCAUCUGGAUGAUAAUCAUUGUAACAGCUGCCUUCCUGGUCAGCUUCACACCUUACCAUAUUCAGCGCACAAUCCACCUUCACUUCCUGAAGAGGAAAGACUCCAGCUGUGAAGACAUCCUUUUCAUGCAGAAAUUAGUAGUGAUAACCUUAUCCUUGGCAGCGUCCAACUGCUGCUUUGACCCGCUCCUGUAUUUCUUUUCAGGGGGCAACUUUCGGAGGAGACUUUCCACAUUUAGAAAGGCUUCCUCCUCCAGUGUGAUACUGGGACCCAGGAAAAAGUUAUCAUUAAAGGAGAAAGACGACGAGCCGUUUCAAGAAAGCCAUAAAUAAGCUGGAUGUGGCGUGUAGCUGUGCUUCCUUUGUAAGGCUUUUUGUGUGGCACUGCAGUAGAAAUAAGCUCACAGUGGGACACUAGUGACUGCAGAACUGCUUCAGGAGAAAUGAACAAAACAAAUGUGUCUUCAUCAAAGUUAAAUAGAGACAAAAAUCCAAAGGGACCUGCUUCUACUCAUACCUUUCUGACCAGACACCCCUCUGGCUGCCAUUGAGGGGUUUAUUUGAUCGUGCUGUGGAGAAUUCUGAGGGUAAUUUUAAAUUCCAAGAGACUCAAAACAAAAAGGACUGAAAUGUGAGUGGAUAUUCUGAGAACGUGCUCAGAAGGGGGGAGGGAUAGCUCAGUGGUUUGAGCAUUGGCCUGCUAAACCCAGGGUUGUGAGUUCAAUCCUUAAGGAGGCCACUUAAGGAUCUGGGGCAAAAAUUGGUCCUGCUAGUGAAGGCGGGGGGCUGGACUCAAUGAUCUUUCAAGGUCCCUUCCAGUUCUAGGAGAUUGGUAUAUCUCCAAUUAUUACCAAGGCAUGUACGUAUCCCACACACACUCAACAAGUUACAGCACAGCAGCAGGAAAACAUGUGUGUGCUGGUAAAUUCAUGCAAACAAACUCUUAAAAUCCCACAUAAGGUCAUGAGGCAACUCUGCAAAGACCAUUAGCCAGUGGGAAAUGUAAAUAUAGAAGUUGAUGGAGCUUAUGCAAAGGAGGAGGGAGAAGAGAGGAGGAGAGUAUGCACUGAAUCCCAAAACAGACACUGAUUUCACAGGAAAAUGUCUUCCCUAUUCCCUGUUAUAUAUUGCCCGGGCUUUUAACUUUCAGUGGCAUAGAUCAUUGAUUGUCACCACCUAGUUCAAAAGGGUGUGUGCACAGAUGACUUUAAGCCACCUGUACACUCCUCCAAUUGUGGGCCAGUUGUGUGGCAGGCCCAUCUUCUGGUGUAACUUAGAGCAGCCUAGGGACUGUUCUAACUUGUAUUAGCUACUAACAACCCCAAGGAACUGAUCCUGCAGCCUGGGAUUAGGGAAGCCGUAGCCAUGAGGGGGUGGCAUAGGAGCUACUACACUGGCUCUGCAUCACCAGAUGCUCACCCUACACAGAAGUAAUCCUCAUAUGACCAUUUCGGCUAGCUUUAUGUCUACUAUACACUGGCAAUGCAGCAUAAAGAGCCACAUCACACUGGAGGGUCUGAGCCUAUAUCUUCACACCCAGGAACUGUAUUUGCCCCUCCCCUCCCCCAUACAUUUCCUGUAAUUUGAGUUCCCAUUUCCAACUAUAUUGCAACACACUAGUUACCUCAGCUCACAGCUACAAGAUCUUUGAAUGGCUUUCUGUCUAUCUGAAUUUUACAAGUAAAUCCUGAGCUAUAGUUCUGGUAUGUGCCUCCCAAACAAACACUUUGGCCCCAGUCUAGCACCAAUUGAACCCUAAAAACAUGAGUAGUCUCCUUGAAGCCAAUGGUUGCUUACAUACAAAAUGGGAAAUAACUGCCUAGGAAGGAGUCCUGCGGAAAGGAAUCUGGGGGUCAUAGUGGAUCACAGGCUAAAUAUGGGUCAAUGGUGUAGUUGCAAAAAUAGCAAACCUCAUUCUGGGCUAUAUUAGCAGGAGUGUUCUAAGCAAGAUGCUAGAAGUAAUUAUUCUGCUCUAGUCCACGCUGAUUAGGCCUCAGCUGGAGUAUUGUCUCCAC